GUUUUUUGCAAUUGUAUCGUGUUCCUUUCAUUCGCACCUGCAUUCACAUCCAGGAUGGUGCUGACAAGCUCGCGUGGCAGUGUGGCGCUGCCUACAGGCUCAGCCUCGUGCCUCGCCGCCGACCUGCCAGCUUGCCAUUUACCGGGCGCUCCCCAACAUUCUCAAGCUCGCCCGCCGUUAUCUUGUUGGCUCGGUUUUGUCGUCAUUAAAAAGCUGCCCCCUGCUUGUUUUGGACACGUGCCUGUAUCCUUGCUGCGCACGAAGCGCUUACACAGCGAGCACAUGGACUUCCUGACGACACGGACUUUCCAACACGAGCUGCUAUACCACAACAAACCCUCCAUCCGCUUGGUUAAAACUCUACCUUCGUUGUCACGGGGUGGACACAUCCAAUGUAACAUCUCAGAUUAUACAACCGAAGCCACCUACGAGUGUUUAUCAUACAGAUGGGGUGAUCCCACGCCACAGAAGAUCAUCUUAAUGAAAGGCCAAUAAUUUGAAAUUCGGCAGAAUCUGUUCGACUUCUUCACUAUGGAGCGCGAUGGGGACAACAAGGUCUGAUCGCUUUCUCUAGAUUGAUACUUUGUGCAUCGAUCAAAGCAACAUUCAAGAACGGAAUCGUCAAGUUGCGCAAAUGGGUGAGAUCUUCUCUGAUGCUACGGAAGUCAUCG